ACGAGUUCCGUCAAAAGUGUCAAAAUUUGUUGUGUCAUGUCACCGUAAUAUUUUCGUUGCUUUUUUGUGUUAUUGUGUGAAAAAUCAUAACAAAAACAGGUGUACAAUUGAUGACUGUGCUGGGAAACUGACCUCAGGCCCGCCAUCAUGCAUUGGUACGAGGGGAGCAUCGCAGAAGCCGUGAACUUAUCGAAACAACGCAAUGCUAUUUUUGUCGUAUUUGUCGAAGGUGACAAUGACCUGUCGACGGAGAUGGCGUCCACCAUCGACGAAGGCGACGUGGUCAAGCGGCUGUCCGACCCCAGCAACUUCCUGGCCAUCAAACUGAAGAGUGGCUCCACCAACUACACGCACUUCGCUCAGAUCUAUCAAUUUGUGCCGGUUCCCUCCCUUUUCUUCAUAGGCAGGAACGGCACUCCCCUGGAGGUGGUGUGCGCAGGAGUGCAGCCGGAGAACCUCGCUACCAGGAUCGAUAGGAUCCUUGAGGAGCAUCACAAAGAGAAGCCUGCGGGUGCGCACCCCUCCACGUCGUCAGACAACAUCAGGGAGCAGACAGUCAACUUCCUGCACGCUGAAGGCACCAAGCCACAAGCUGCCAAGCAUGAGGCCCAACCAGAGACUUCUUCAGGCCCUCCAGCUAAGGUCCAGAAGAAGGAAUUCCAUGAAGUGACCAAGUCUGGCAAGGAGUACGAUGUGGUGUGCGAUGGAGACGUGUGCGUGCGAGUGCCCAAGGCGGACGACGCCGGCCCCAGCGGCGCAGGAGUUGAACAGCAGGACAAAUCGGCGCCCCCGGUGGAGGCAAAUGAGAGUACCAGCAGCAUGGAAGAGAAGAUGGAGCGAGCCAAGGAGCUGAUAGAGGCGAGAAAGAGAGAGAAAGCUGCCAAGGAGAAGGAGGCGGAGAAACAGAAAGAGAUGGAACGCCGUGCCCAGGGUCAGGGUGUCGCGGAGCUGAAGAAGUGGCAGGCCGACCAGGAGCUGAAGCAGAUACAGGAGGAGCGCAAACGUGAGAAGAUGGAGAACAACUUGGCUCGGCAGCGCAUCUUGGAGCAGAUCGCCCAGGACCGCGCCGAGCGCCGCGCCAGGGACCAGCCUCCACCUGCGCCGGCGCAGCCCACUGUGUCACGGCCUCCACCAACCGCGGGAGACGGCAGCACGCGAGCGCGCAUCCAGUUCAAACUGCCAGAUGGUACUUCGCACACGGCGCACUUCGACGCCGGCGGCACCCUCGCCGACGUGCACACAUAUGUCAGCGAAAACUUGCAGCUGUCGUCGUCCAACUUCGCGCUGUGGACGGCGUUCCCCCGCCGCGAGCUAACGGAGCCGCUGGCCACCCUGCGCGCGCUGCAGCUGACGCCCAGCGCCGCGCUGCUGGUGCUGCCGCGCCGGACGCAUGCGCCGCUCACGCCGCCCUCCACUUUCUCCACCAUCAUCACGGUCCUGACCCAACUCUUCACGUCCUUCAUCAUGGAGCCUUCCCAGCAGCUGUACAACUGGCUGUACGCGCGGCUGUACCCCGCGGCCCCCAGCGAGCCCCCCCGCGAGCCCCGCCAAGACCCGUCCCCCCCUCGGGCGCCUCCGGUCUCCCCCACCGCGGCCCCCGUGCGCCGCCGCGGCAACAUCCACAGACUCGGAGAGGAGAGGUCCGGCGACGACGACAACAACACGUGGAACGGAAACUCCACUCAACAAAUGUAGCCGCUUAAAUAAAUAAUUAAUAAAUGUUUUAAAUUAUUUUAUUGUUGACACA